AUUUCAGUGUCACCUGUUCUCUGACUUGAUUAGAGUCGAAUGGGCGACAUAUGUACAUGGUUUUGACCGUGAUUAGUUGUGGUGAUGUUCUCAAUGUAUCAUUACUAUGCUAUCUUCUCGCUACCUCACGUACAGGGUUCUCUAUCACCAAUUCUUCUAUACAAAAACUCACGGGUUUAAUAAUUGAAACUGGCUGUCUUACGAGUGUAUGUUUGAUGACAGCCAUCAUUACAUGCGCAGUGAUGCCGAAGAACUAUGUAUUUCUCAGUCUUGAAUGUUUAAUGGCUAAAUUAUAUGUCAACUCGUUCAUCGCACUCCCGAACUCGCGAUACUACCUGCAGGCCAACAGAGAUAGUACCAUUUCUUCCAAAUCCAAUGUCAGACACAGCGUCUACCUCUCGGAGCGGUACCUUCCCUCGUCACAAGACGAGAGACUCGAAGGAGAACAUUUUGAUCAUGCAGAUAAUGAAGUAACAGUGCACCCCGCUCGACCUAUCCAAGCUGGUAGUUGUGUUAGUGUCGAUGAAACAGAAGCCACAGCGUCUACUUGCGAUGAUAGUAGAAAGAUAUCAUAUCUUGAAUUGGUAUGAUAGGAUAGAUGGAUCAUGAACCACUUAUUGUUACCUAUACUAUGUAUUGCUGUUGCGAGAACACGUCGAGCCAAAUCAGCGUGAGCAGCUA